GGAAGACGUUUGGACGUCGGUUAGUUAAUUUGUUCCUUUAUUUAUUCUGUCCUUAACUAUGUUACCAAUUUCCUAUUUGUGGUGGUAGACUUCGCCUUGCCCACCGCCGUCCAACCACUUACCGUCUUUCGUAGGCGCUAAACUACCCCCAUCCCCCCUCCUCAGAUUCCUUAGGUCCUUUUGCAAAUAGGAUACACACAUACACACCACACAUGUCUUACAGCCCUGAAACCUCCUAUUCCCCUCUAUAAUUCCUUACUAGUGGCCCCCCAACUUCUACCUUCUCUCUCAUCCUCUUGUGAAUAUGCUUAUAUGGACAUCAGGGAUCUCCUCGUCCGCCACGAGAAACUCGUUCAUCUCAAUGAAGGGUCUAAUAAGGAUGGUAACCGGCCCCGGAAGCCGUCGACGGCCGGCGCUGCCCAACAACCUCUAUCAGCUGAGAGCCAUGUCGACUCCGAAAUGAUGGGAAUGCCUCGGGCUCACCCGGCGCACUAUCAUUCAGAUUCCAUGUCCUCUUCUGUGACAGUACCUCCACUUGCUCCUGAUCCUCGUCACUCCGCCAGGGCCACAGCUUGCAAUCUUGACCUCUUGUCUGAUGCUGCCACCCAAAUUGCUUCUGCGAACGAGGUUAACUCGAUGCAACCGAUGAUGACGGAUAUUGGACAACCAGUGGCCGGUUUGACACGCAUUAAGUCAUACGACGAAGGAAUACCCUAUACCGACCGCGGACGUGAGUCCGAACCUGUGGCUAUGUCACAUGGACUGCCCAAUCCACCUGGGCCGUCUGCUUUUGACGAUUAUAAUCUCUUCUUAGACGAGUUUGCGACGUCAUCUCACUUCCUCCCACAAGCCUUCGAUGCGGAUCAGAGUAUGGGUAUGUGGCCACGACAUCUUUCCGAUAUUCAACGGGGUGGGCUUUCCAAGCCGUCAUCUCAGUUCCCCUCUCGUUUCCCAUCAUUAGCCCCUGACCCGAGAGAUCCAACGGAAGGUGGCCCCAGAACACAUGACGAAUCAACGAGAUCACAGCCCAUGAGGGUUUCUGCAAUGGACCAUACCGUCAUAAAAAAUCGACUCGACGAAUUCUCGUCCGUUUUACCGAAUGAUUUCGUGUUUCCUUCUCGGCAUACUCUCACUAGGUUUCUAGAAGGGUAUGUAAGUGGUUUCCAUGAACACUUACCGAUACUACAUCUGCCAACGAUAACAGCCGCUGAUCUCGCCCCGGAACUCCUACUGGCGAUAUUAGCAGUAGGUGCACAAUAUAGAUUCGAGAGCCAUCGGUCAAAUGCUUUAUGGUAUGCAGCUAAAGCAGUCGCGCUUGAACAAAUCCGACGUCGCCACAGUCACGAAGUGCACGGUUUGUUACCAACUCCAGCAGCGUAUAGUCCUCAUUCUACGCGACCAUCUCCAAGCCAUGGAUUCCGCCACUCCUUUAGUUCUGUUCAACAGGAACGUUCGAUGACCCAAGAUACGCACCGAGAACCUUAUUCUCCUAAUACUCCUCAAUCUCGCAUGGAAACUAUCCAGGCUCUUCUUCUAUUGUUUGCUGUUGGGCUCUGGGGCGCCAAAGCUAUUCUUCGAGAAGCUUUGUCAUUACAAAGUCUUCUAGCUCUCCUAGUGCGCGAGGAAGGAUUUCUGUCAGAGUCCACGCAGACGGCCGAUUGGGAGGCAUGGGUCCGGAUAGAAGGAUCUAAUCGCACAAAGCUUAUUGCGUACAGCUUCUUUAAUCUGUGUAGUAUUGCGUAUAAUAUGCCACCUCUACUAUUGACGUCGGAACUUAACCUUAUUCUCCCGCACUCAUCAAAACUCUGGAGGGCGGAAACAGCUUGGCAGUGGCAAGAAGCUCGUCAAUCAUUCCCUAGUAUGGAUAUAUCGCUCCAGGAUGCGUUUGCGAGAUUAUUCAGCAGACCACCACAAGGACCUCCAGCUUACAUGUCCUCUCUCGGUAAUUACAUCCUCAUCCAUGCCAUAUUACAACAUAUCUUUCUCCUAAAGCAGACAUCUUUUAAUUCCGUGUCACUUUUUGGGGGACUUCGUCAUGACGAUGUUGAAGAUUGCUUUCAGGCCCUACGGAUCUGGCAGAUGAGUUUCGAACAGCACCAGGCGCGCAUAACAGAAGGUAGCCACCAGAACGGCCCAGAUUCAUUGCCCGGUGGCUCUGUUACUUAUAAUUCAACCGCACUUUGGCGGUUGGCUUCUAUCCGGUUGUAUACAGACUUGAGUCCUAGCAGAACCCUCGAAACAAGAGAAGCGAGUCAGAUCGCACAGUCUUUCCAUGACGCACCAUAUCUCGUUCGCAGUGUGCGCCUCAACCGAGCCGUCUUUCAAGCCAUACAUGCAUUGUCUAUGCUUGUUAAAGUAGGCGUCAACUACGUAGCAAGGAGGAAGUCAUCGGAAUGGAGUAUGCAGCACUCGCUAUGCAAUUUAGAAUGCGCCAUUCUCCUUUCCAAAUGGCUAAUGACUCUUGCUUCGACCGGCCCGACAGGUGCGCCUCCUGAGCCCGACGAACGAAACCUUCUCGAAAUGCUCCGUCACAUGCUGGACGAAACGGAGUUUGCGGUGCCGAUCGACCCUUCGCUCUCGGGAGGCGGCCCGGGGCGUGGUCCACCGAACAUGGAUAUGGCUGCGAACGACGGUACGAAGUUACGUCAGCUUGCCGUAGCCGUAAUUCGGCUCUGGGCUGAGACGUUUAAGGGAUCACAUAUCUUUGAUAUCGUAAAAGUGAUUGGUGCUGGGUUGGAGGGAUACGCAGACUUGAUAGAGAAGCCGCGGGAUAGAACACCACUAGGUCGGAUGGGACCUAAUUCAGGUCUUGGCUGACCAGACUGCAACGGGAAUUACUCACGAAGAUGCCUGGCGAUAGUUGGGGGUGUUCGAUGACCAGUGCGGGUCAUUCUAGCCGAGUAUAGAUUCGGGACUAAAUGCUCGCUUUAAUCCUGACCAUCCAACCGAAGUCCUUGGAAGUUCGGGAACGAUUAUUUGCCAAACAUUGUCGAGUACCAGGCACAACAGACAACCGUGCCGGACGUCGCGGACCCGAAAAGGACGAUAAACGUAUGCGCCGCUGUCGGGUCGAGGCGUUAUGAGGAUCUCGAACAAGGGCCUAUCACGGAGGUAGUGUUUAGAAGGAGCAAUAUGUUCCGACCUAUUAACAUUUCCCAUUUAGACCAACGUGAACUAUUUAGGUACGGAAUACAUUCGUACAUUGUUGAAGGUUGCGGCUACCUAUAGUUGAUUGAAUCUGAGAUUAGCGGCGAUUGACAUUUCUAUUUUUAAACGAUAAGAGAACACAACUGUACCUAGGUACCAUAACGGAGGAGGGGGGUUUGGGAGAAUGAUUCCAUAAAUAUAAAACUAUUCCAUAU